AUGGAGACAGCGACGGAUGUUGUGGUUUCUACUCAGGCGGUUACGGCGGCGACGGUUACGGUGAGGAAGAGAGAGAAGCCUUAUAAAGGGAUAAGGAUGAGGAAAUGGGGGAAGUGGGUGGCUGAAAUAAGAGAGCCUAAUAAACGUUCAAGGAUCUGGCUUGGCUCUUACUCUACUCCUGAAGCGGCGGCUAGGGCUUACGACACGGCGGUUUUCUAUCUCCGUGGUCCUUCUGCUCGUCUUAACUUCCCUGAGCUUUUAGCUGGAGUUACGGUGACCGGAGGAAACGGUGGUGGUGAUAUGUCGGCGGCUUAUAUAAGGAGAAAAGCUGCGGAGGUUGGAGCUCAAGUUGAUGCUUUAGAGGCGGCCGGUGGUAAUCAUGAUUACGUGGAUGAUGAUUGUAGUAGUAAAGAAGGGUUUAAGAGGUGUAACGGGUCAUUGGAACGGGUUGAUUUGAACAAAUUACCCGACCCGGAAACUUCAGAUGAUGAUUAG